AAGCAGAGCUCCUUCUCUGAGGAGAUGUCACGGCACACCCAUCGUUUUGAGCGCGACUUCCGUGGGAUUUGGGAACGGAGGGAACGCUGUGCCAUCCUCAGCCCCAGCGUCAACAGCAGCUGCAGCUCCGUCAACGGCUGCAGCUCCGCCAACGUCACAGCCGCAGCUGUUGUUCCAAACAGCGGCAACAACCGGCCGGGCCUCCUACCCCUGCCCGUCAUCCCGUCGUUAUUGCCCACCCCCGUCACUGUGACAACCACCACCUCGAGUAACGAGCUCACUGGCAAGCGACUGGCCCCCACUCCCACCACCUCUGCGGCUAAGGUGAGUGUAAAGGAGCCCGGUUCACAGAAUCAGACACAGGGGCAAGUCCUUGCCUCAAACAUUCGAUGGGGACAGACGCCAAUAAACCAGUCCACUCCCUGGGAGACAGAUGAACCCCCCACAAAACAGAUGAGGGAGAAAGACAUUACAGGUCCUCUCUGGCCUCCACCAGUUGCCACGGUCGGUCAGCAAGUAAACCUCUUGGCUCAAACCUACGGCAUGGCCCAGCCUCCUGUGUACAGCCAAGGAGUGACAGUCCAGGCUCCUAUCAUUGGAGUGACCCCUGCUAUCCAGACACCAGUACCCCCACCUCACCCACUUCUGCCCACACACUACCAGCUUCCCCAGCCACCCUCACAACCUUUGGCCAGCAUGGUGCUAAACGUCCAGAACCAGCCGCUUGGGGUUACCGGUCUGCCGCCUAUCACCGUGUCCCCCAUGACUGGGGUCUGCCAGGUCACUCACCCUGUUCACACGGUGGUGGGUAACGGUCACAUGACUCACCCCAUGGUACAGCCCUCCACCAUACCGUCCACCACGCUUCCUAGCACUGCCACUCUGACCAAUGGCCAACUCACCUUCCCCGCUCCACCUCUUCCCCUGGCUAAUCCGGAGACCACCAACGGACUCCAGAUGCUCCGAACUGUUGGGAUGGGGAAGUAUGAAUUCACAGAUCCCUGGCAUCCCAAAGAAAUGUUGAAGGAGUUGAACCAACAGCGGCGAGUGAAAGAGUUUACAGACCUGAAAAUAAUUGUUGAAGGCAAAGAGUUUGAAGUCCACCAAAAUGUUCUAGCUUCCUGCAGCUUGUAUUUCAAGGACAUGGUGAAAAGGUUGUCAGGAGAGACCCGGAAUGGGGAGAAGAUGAAGUUCACAAUGAGUAAUAUUAGUGCAGACGUGCUGGAACAGCUGCUGGAGUUUGUCUACACCGGCUCGCUCAUCAUCGACUCGGCUAAUGCUAAGACCCUGCUGGAGGCGGCUAAUAAAUUCCAGUUCAAUACCUUCUGUAAAGUCUGCGUCUCCUUCCUGGAGAAACAGCUGACCGCCAGUAACUGUUUAGGGGUGCUGGCUAUGGCAGAAGCGAUGCAGUGCACAGAGUUACACAACAUGGCCAAAGCUUUCGCCUUGCAGAACUUCCCAGAGGUGGCCGGUCAAGAGGAGAUCCUCAACAUCUCUAAAGAGGACUUCGUCAAUUAUAUGUCCAAUGACAGCCUCAACACGAAAGCAGAGGAGCUUGUCUAUGAGACGGUCAUCAAAUGGAUAAAGAAGGACCCCAGCAAUAGAGCACAGUAUAUAUCAGAAUUGCUGGCUGUGGUACGGCUGCCUUACAUCCACCCCAGUUACCUGCUGAACGUUGUGGACAAUGAGGAACUGAUCAAGUCCUCCGAGGCAUGUCGGGACCUGGUCAACGAAGCCAAACGCUAUCACAUGCUUCCCCAUGCUCGUCAAGAGAUGCAAACACCCCGUACGCGUCCUCGGCUGUCUGCAGGUGUAGCUGAGGUGAUUGUGUUGGUUGGAGGACGACAGGUCAUCGGAAUGAACCAGCGCUCCCUGACAGCUGUCACUUGCUUCAACCCACAAAGCAACAAGUGGUACCCCCUGGCCAGUCUGCCGUUCUACGACCGAGAGUUCUUCUCUGUCGUUUCUGCAGGGGAUAAUAUCUACCUGUCAGGCGGAAUGGAGUCAGGAGUCACACUGUCAGACGUGUGGUGCUACAUGUCCCUCCUCGAUAAUUGGAACCUGGUGUCUCGAAUGACAGUCCCUCGGUGUCGACACAACAGCGUGGUGUAUGAUGGCAAGCUGUACACUAUUGGCGGACUCGGCGUGGCCGGGAACUUAGAUCAUGUGGAGAGGUACGACACAAUCACAAACCAGUGGGAGACGGUGUCUUCUCUGCCUAAGCCUGUGCACUCUGCCGCAGCAACUGUGUGUGGGGGUAAGAUUUACGUAUUUGGCGGAGUGAACGAGGCAGGCCGAUCAGCAGGGGUACUGCAGUCUUAUGUGCCUCAGAACAACACCUGGAGCUUCAUCGAGUCUCCUAUGAUAGAUAACAAGUACGCUCCAGCUGUGACGCUCAAUGGUUUUAUCUAUAUCCUGGGUGGAGCCUACGCCCGUGCCACCACCAUCUAUGACCCGGAGAAAGGCAAUAUCAAAGCUGGCUCCAACAUGAACCACUCCAGGCAGUUCUGCAGUGCGGUGGUCCUGGAUGGGAAGAUCUAUGCUACUGGGGGCAUUGUGAGCAGUGAGGGGCCAGCCCUGGGCAACAUGGAGGCCUUUGAUCCAAGCAGCAACGUGUGGACGUUACAGCAGAACAUGCCUUGCCCGCUCUUUAGACACGGCUGCGUGGUCAUCAAGAAAUACAUCCAGAGUGGCUGACGCGGACAAACAUGACUCUGUUCCCAGUGGCCGUUCCCCCCAGGAUUAGCAGCGCUGACAUUGAUGCCUCCGGUGAAGCCAUGCACUCUC